AUGGGGAGCCGCAUACCGACGAGUGCGCGUGCCCUGCGGCCCGUGUUCUACCGCAUGAAAAGCACAGCGGCGGUGAUGCGUGCAGUUCCUUCGAGCGAGUAUGGUUCCCGCCCGAUCGCUGAGGAGCGCUCGUGGGAGCCGACGGCUGCAAGGCGUGUUUGGAGUCGCGGGGAAGUGCAGGCGCUGUUUGACAUGCCGCUCUUGGAGCUCGUGUUCAAGGCAGGUACCGUGCACCGCGAGAACCACGAUCCACAGCGCGUGCAGCUUUGCACGCUGAUGAAUAUCAAGGAGGGUGGCUGCUCGGAAAACUGUUCCUAUUGCUCGCAAAGCAGUCGCUAUUCGACGCACUCGAAAGCGUCGCCGUUGGAGCAGGUCGACUCGGUACUUACGGAGGCGCGCCGAGCGAAGGAGAACGGCAGCACACGUUUCUGCAUGGGCGCUGCAUGGCGCGAGAUUGGCGGCCGGAAGCGUGGGUUUAACCGAAUCCUCGAGAUGGUGCGCGAGAUUCGCGGCAUGGGAAUGGAAGUGUGCACGACGCUCGGGAUGCUGACUCCUGAGCAGGCACAGUUGCUCAAAGAGGCGGGCCUCUCUGCGUACAACCACAAUCUGGACACAAGUCGCGAGUACUACGGAAAAGUGAUUACAUCGCGUACCUACGACGACCGGCUCCAAACCAUUGCCAAUGUGCGUGACGCUGGCAUCCACGUCUGCUCCGGCGGUAUUCUUGGGCUGGGUGAGGAUGAAAAAGACCGCGUGGGCCUGAUUUGGGAAAUGAACCGCCUGCCCACUGCGCCGGAGAGUUUCCCUGUGAAUGCGCUUGUGGCGAUCAAAGGCACUCCCAUGGAAGGGCAGGAGCCAGUGUCGUUCCAGGAGCUGCUACGCACCAUUGCGACUGCGCGGAUUGUGCUGCCCACGACGAUCGUACGCAUCGCUGCCGGGCGUCAGCUUUUCACAGAGUCUGAGCAGGCGAUGGCUUUCCUCGCCGGCGCCAACGCCAUAUUUACUGGCGAGCGCAUGCUUACUACGCCGACCAGCUCCUGGGACCAGGACAAGGCGAUGCUUGGGCGCUGGGGGCUUACGGGCAUGAAGAGUUUCGAGAAGAAGCGUCUCCCGCCACUGGCGAAGGAUGCAGCGCAGCUCGAGUUUGCCGCUGCGGAUCUGGAGCUAGCCGCCGCGUCCCUGGAAGGCAGCGCGCCCGCGCAACCUACACGCACUGUAGCUGGUCCGGCGUCGGUAGCCUAG